AUGCAAUUCAUCACGAUAUGGGCAGCCCUGGCCGCCGUGGCUCUCUCGGCUGCUGUGAAUCCUCCUUCAACACCGGACGAAGACAACAACACAACCCAACUCCCACUAAUCAUCUGGCACGGACUAGGCGACGACUUUGAGCGCGACGGUAUGAAAGAAGUCGCGCUACUGGCCGAAUCAGUCAACCCAGGAACAUACGUGCACAUCAUCAGACUAGCAGACACAGGCAGCGGCGAUCGCCAAGCUACCUUCUUCGGCAACGUGACGGAGCAAAUCGAAACGGUAUGCCAACAACUUGCCGCCGAACCAAUCCUCAGCUCUGCACCCGCCGUCAACGCCCUCGGCUUCUCGCAAGGAGGGCAAUUCCUCCGCGGGUAUAUCGAGCGCUGCAAUAACCCACCCGUCCGUAACCUGGUCACGUUCGGCAGCCAACACAACGGAAUCUCCGAAUUCCAAUCCUGCUCGCUGGGCGACUGGCUAUGUAACGGCGCCGAAACACUGCUCCGAUCCGGUCGCUGGACGGACUUUGCACAGUCCCGCGUCGUACCGGCGCAAUACUUCCGCGAUCCAACCGAGCUAGACCUGUAUCUGGAGAAGAGCAAUUUCCUGGCUGAUAUCAACAACGAGCGCGAGUUGAAGAAUGUCACGUACAAGAAACAUUUGCAAUCUUUGAACAUGUUCGCCAUGUUCAUGUUUGAUGAGGAUACCGUUGCGGUUCCGAAGGAGAGCGCGCUUUUCGCCGAGGUCAAUGCUACGGAUGGUACGGUGACUCCGUUGCAGGAGCGGCAGAUUUAUAAGGAAGAUUGGCUGGGUUUGAAGAAGUUGGAUGAGCAGGGUAAACUGCAUUUCAAGUCUGCUCCUGGUCAACACAUGCAGUUGACAGACGUGCUGCUGAAGAAGACCUUCAAAGAGUAUUUCGGCCCGAUGCUGGAGGAAGGGGAGUCUACUUCGAUUCCGAGACUUGUUGCUCAGCCGGGCUACUAA